AUACAUUUAUCCGAUAGUCAAAAAAGAAAAAAAAGAACUUCUUGAAUACUCAGCUAGCUUUUAGGGCCAAUGAAUCCGACCGGCCCUGCCCAAUUUCUUGAGUAUCUCCCCGCUCUUAAACACUCUACAGCAUAGAGGUUUUCCGGCAGAACGAUCUCCGACUCACCUUUCCCGACAAUGAAGGAGGAGAAGAGGCUAAUAUCAAUUGGUUUUGAGGGUUCUGCCAAUAAGAUCGGCGUCGGGGUAGUAUCUCUCGACGGCGCAAUCCUCUCCAACCCCCGCCGCACCUACAUCACUCCGCCGGGACACGGCUUCCUCCCCCGCGAAACCGCCCAGCACCACCUCCAGCACGUCCUCCCUCUCGUCAAAUCCGCCAUGGAUACUGCCGGGGUAACCCCAGGAGACAUCGAUUGCCUGUGUUACACCAAGGGUCCCGGCAUGGGUGCACCCCUACAGGUCUCCGCUGUGGUCGUCCGCGUCCUAUCCCAGCUCUGGAAGAAGCCCAUAGUUGCCGUGAACCAUUGCGUUGCUCAUAUUGAGAUGGGGAGGGUUGUGACCGGGGCGGUUGACCCGGUGGUGCUGUAUGUCAGUGGAGGGAACACUCAGGUCAUAGCUUACAGUGAAGGGAGGUAUCGGAUUUUCGGCGAGACCAUUGAUAUUGCUGUCGGUAACUGCUUGGAUCGAUUUGCUAGGGUUCUGAAUUUGUCCAAUGAUCCAAGCCCUGGGUACAACAUUGAACAGCUUGCAAAGAAAGGUGAAAAGUUUAUUGAACUUCCAUAUGUGGUAAAAGGGAUGGAUGUUUCAUUUAGUGGAAUCUUAAGUUAUAUUGAAGCUACCACCGAAGAGAUGCUAAAAAACAAUGAGUGCUCCCCUGCAGAUCUUUGCUACUCGUUACAGGAAACUUUGUUUGCAAUGCUUGUGGAGAUCACAGAACGGGCGAUGGCACACUGUGAUAAGAAGGAUGUGUUGAUUGUUGGUGGGGUGGGGUGCAAUGAGCGACUGCAAGGGAUGAUGAGAACUAUGUGCGCAGAGAGGGGUGGGCAGUUGUAUGCAACCGACGACAGAUACUGUAUUGACAAUGGAGCCAUGAUUGCCUACACCGGACUCCUGGCUUAUGCUCAUGGAGCAUCGACCCCAAUGGAGGAAUCAACAUUCACACAGAGGUUUAGAACUGACGAAGUGCUAGCAAUUUGGAGGGAGAAGGAAUCUAUUAAAGGUACAAAAUGUAGUGCCGUGACAAAUAUCUAACCGAGCCUUUCAAGGUUCCCUCUACACCUUGACCUUUAUUUUUAUUUAUUUGUUUUCUUGCAAUUUGUUUUUCAAUUAUAGUGCAUGGCAAUUAAAACUAAAGCAUUCAACUUUUUAUCCAGUUCAGCAAUUCAUCAAGUAAAUUUCAGUUGAAAAG